AUGUCGCAGACAGGGGAGGCGCAGGUGCCGCUGUUGCAGACCGAGGAGGCGGACGCCGAGUGGAGCUCCAAACCGCGCCGCAUUGCUCUCUUCGUCGAGCCGUCGCCCUUUGCUUACAUUUCCGGCUACAAGAAUCGGUUUCAGAACUUCAUCAAGCAUCUACGAGAGAUGGGCGAUGAGGUAUUGGUGGUGACUACUCACAAGGGAGCUCCUGAGGAGUUCCAUGGAGCAAAGGUCAUUGGCUCGUGGAGUUUUCCAUGUCCUCUGUACCAAAAUGUUCCACUCUCGCUGGCAUUGAGCCCCAGAAUAUUUUCUGAGGUGAAUAAAUUCAAGCCGGACAUAAUCCAUGCGACUUCACCUGGAAUUAUGGUUCUCGGCGCUCUGGCUAUAGCAAAGAUGAUAUCAGUUCCAAUGGUGAUGUCUUAUCACACACAUCUUCCAGCGUACAUACCGAGAUACAAUUUAAAUUGGUUACUUGAGCCCACAUGGGGUUUUAUAAGAUGCCUCCACAGAUCAGCAGAUCUUACUCUAGUUCCUUCGGUGGCUAUUGCUGAAGACUUUGAAACUGCUAAAGUGGUACCAGCAAACAGAAUACGGCUUUGGAAUAAGGGUGUAGAUUCUGAAAGCUUUCAUACUAAAUAUCAGAGGCAUGAAAUGCGUGCCAGAUUGAGUGGUGGUGAACCAGAAAAACCAUUGGUAAUACAUGUGGGCCGUUUUGGACGUGAAAAAAAUUUGGAUUUUCUGAAAAGGGUUAUGGAGAGGCUUCCAGGAGCAAGGAUUGCCUUUGUUGGAGACGGGCCAUACAGGGCUGAGUUGGAAAAAAUGUUCAUGGGCAUGCCUGCAGUUUUUACUGGAAUGCUCCAAGGUGAGGAGCUCUCACAAGCGUACGCCAGUGCCGAUGUAUUUGCAAUGCCUUCAGAGUCUGAGACCCUCGGGCAAGUAGUGCUGGAGUCCAUGGCUUCUGGAGUCCCAGUCGUCGCUGCUCGUGCUGGAGGGAUACCUGAUAUAAUACCCAAGGACAAGGAGGGUAAGACAAGCUUUUUGUUUACACCCGGAGAUCUCGAUGAGUGUGUGAGGAAGAUAGAGCAGCUCCUCAAUUCAAAAGAUCUCAGAGAGACCAUUGGAAAGGCUGCCAGGGAAGAGAUGGAGAAGUGUGACUGGAGAGCAGCCUCAAAGAAAAUCCGCAAUGAGCACUACAGCACUGCAAUAUCGUACUGGCGGAAGAAGAUGGGCAAAACUAACUAG